AUUUUUCGGAGCUUCUACAACUUGCAGUCCGUAUCCAUCCCAAACUUCCAAUAGCGGCCUCCAACAUACCCUAUCAGGGACGAGGAGGGCGACGACGAGCGGCCCUGCCGUACGACGUCCUCACCUAUGGCAUCCCAACCUCCCUUCGAGGGAUCGCUGACCCAAGAGCUGCUCUCCCGCGCACACAGCCCCAGCAACACUUCACGCAUUUACAACGAGAAAAUCAAACAUCGAUCUCUCCUCCUACGACCGAGUUCCCCCCCGCCGUCAGCAAAUUCUCGCGAAGCACGUCGAAAAGCACUGCAGCACAAAGAGAAACGCGCAAAUGCGCUGAAGCCGAAACCCUUAUCCUCGCGAGAGCGCCGGAAACUUGGUCUACAUAAUAUACCCAAGGAGGGGCAAAAGUACGAAAUCUUUGCGCCGCUGAACAGACUAUGGGUAGGAUAUAUCCGCGAGAUACUCGGCAGCGAGCUGUACAUGGGGGUCCAGGUCGCGGGGGCGAAGCUGAGCGCGGCUGAUUUUCACGGUGCUGAAGUCGAGGUGUCUCGGAGUGGGUGUCCGAGCCGUGUGGGGAUCAAGGGGAUUGUGGUCAAGGACUCCAAGUUUGCCUUUCAGGUUAUAACGGAAACGAACGAGAUCAAGCUCGUGCCGAAAGAGGCGACCUUGUUUCGAGUUAAAGUGCCGACGGAAGAUGCGAACGACAAGCGGGAUCGGCUAGAGCCUGAGCAGAAGAAAAUGUUUAUAUUUGAGAUCCAUGGCGACCAGUUCCAACAUCGAUCAGCGGACCGCUCGAACAAGAAGUUCAGGGCGCAUUUCUCGAAGAAGCUAUGAUGAAUGAAUGACCAGACAACAUGAGACCCUGUGACGGUUACGGCGAUUGCGAUUCUUAGCUCGAGGUCGGCAAACCCCAAGUUGAGCUGAUGGCACACUCAAAAAUCCGCUGGGGUAUACGAACAAGCUCACUUUGCCGGGGAGAAAGGCCUUUUCUAUGUCGUUUUCUUCUCUCGCACGU